AUGCAGAUGCGAGAGGCGGACAACUUGGAGACCUUGCAGCUCACCACGAUACCUCACUGCGAAGACCCCUACGCAAGUCCCGUCCCCAUCCCGGACACGUUCCUCAAACAACGCGUACCGCGCCUGCGCAGGGUUGCACUGCACGGAGGGUUCAUCUUCGAAUGGCGGAGCGCCAUCUUCACCGGAGGCCUGACGCAUCUCGCUCUUUCUGAGAUUGCGCCGUCGGCGUUGCCUUCGAUGAAAGAGCUUUUGAGCCUCUUGCGUCGCUGCCCGGGUUUGCAGACCCUUUCUCUCGUAUCGGUCCUCCCAGCUCUCCCGGAAUACCCGGAAGAUACGAUGGAGUUGCCAAAACUCAAGGACGGGUACAAGAAGACGAAGCUGCCCUGCAUGACCCGGUGCUACCUCGAGGACCAUGCGCUCGAGGUUGUCAACUUCCUCCGCCGCGUCGACAUACCCCAAACCUGCCACGUCUCCCUCUAUCUCGGGCGACAAGAUGCCGAAGUGGAUGCCAGUGGCGAUAGCCCGUCUCCAUUCGCCCCGGUUUGUCGUGCCGUUCGGGAUUUCUGUCUCACACGCACAAAGCUGCACGACGCGUCUUUGCGGUUCGAACAACGAGUAGGAGCGCGAAUCCAUUGGACGUUUGAAGGCAAAAUCGACGACGCUACGGAUGCCUCGCAGUCGGUCCUCGAAGUCUCCAUGGGCGGCACCUCCGAUCCGAGCUCAGUACACGUGCCGGUUGAAAACGCGCCGCCCGGAAGCUUCUUGAGCGCCAUCUUCCUCAUGUUUUCCCCGGCAUUUCCUCUCGCAACAGUGCGCUCGGCCCACUUCAGUGUUCACUCGACAACAUCAAUCAUGUUCUGGGACGUGAUGAUGAACUUUCCACAUCUGGAACGUAUCAUCGUCGAAGGAUCCUGCGCACACGGGUUGGCAGAGUUGCUGUUGAGAUACGUGGAGUUCCCGCGCGCGCUGCCGCAUCUUCGCGACGUGACAAUCGCACACGUGGACCUAUCGUUCCCCGGCUCUCAUCCAGACAUCGAACAACUACUAGAGCUCGCCCUUCGCGGCCAGCGAUCUCAUGGACGACAUGUAUGGGACAUCAAACUGGAAGAGUGUUGGGUAGACGUGGAUCAACGGCACCGGCUGGAAGAGGCGGGCGGGAAGUCUAUCGCGUGCAUUGGAGAGCCAGAUGUAUGGGAGGUGGAGUCACUUGAGGAUGACGACUCUGCAGCGGGUGAUUCGGUUGACGACGACGAGCAUCUCGAUUCCGACAGUUCUGAGCUCCCCGAUCUUGAGGUCGCAUAG